AUGCCAGACUGUGUUGACCCAGUCUCCGAGUCCAGUUCUUCCACGACACCGUUCUCCCUCGGGUCCUCACCUUCCACAGCACCGUUCUCACUCGGGUCCUCCCCUCGCACACCGUCCCCGCAUCCAUGUCCCUCUCCCCCGCUACGACGAUUCCUCGACCUCGAUGGAAGAACGGUAAUAGUGGCCUUGUUGCCAGAAGUGCAGAAACACAAUCGCGAACUGGCUGAACGCCGCGCCAAGGAGUGGGCCGAGAACCAUCCCGUACACAUAAUUCUUGACUUCAGGUCUCCAACCUUCUCGGAAGAACAACCAGGACUCCACGGCGGGGCCGGUACCGACGCCCAUGAGUGCACGCAGGGAGAAACAGAUAAGCCGGCCACUGUCCAGCAAGGUUAUACCUCUUCUGCUAUCUUCAUUCCUCAACAUUACUCGCCCCCUUCACCCAAGUCGAGCCGUUUUGGGAACUUCAUAUGCCAGUCGUUUACGGAUGAUGAAUUGAGUGCCUCUCUAUCUACCAAAGAGCCAGAUGAUACAGCAAGCGCUCCGAGAGGUCGGCCCUCUGAGGUCGUGGACAACGAAAGGUCCGACGGUUUCGAAAGAUUGGAUAGCUUUGAUAUAUCCGACAACUCCGACAUCUCCAGUAACUUCGAUACACCCAACAAUUCCGAUAUAUCCAACAAUGACGAGUGUCCCUGCUAUGAACGUUCUCGAGUAUUUGGUCGAGAUCUGGACGAUAUAUGGGCGUAA